AUGAAUCGUUUCCGGAAAACCAAGAAAGAAAAGGCCAAGGAAGACAAGCCCAAGGAAGAGGUGGAUGUGCUCGAAAGUGUCCCCCCCCCUUCCUUCAGCUCAAUGCUGAAAAAGGGCAGAAAGGACCCCGAGCAGAAACAACUGGAUUUCGACCUCGCAGCCGCCUUACCGCCCAGUGAUGAUUUCCGGACCAGCCUUCUGAUGCCAAAACUCUCCGCGCGAUUCAGCAUGCUGCGAGAGCAAGAUGACCCCGACUCCCUGCUCGGAAAAGCUAGCGAUGAUAGCGUGCUCUUCCCCAGACGUGCCUCCCGCUUGAACCUCUUCGGCCACAAUCCCGCCCUCUUAUCAGACAUCGACGAAGGUUCCGACGGCUCUCGGCCAUCCCUUAGCCUGGGACGAAAGGGUUCGUUCGCGUCGGGAAGUGAAGGAUACCCCGAGAACGAUGAUGCAUCGCAAUCCGGUAGCAUAAUGAGUAGGCCCCGCCGUACAGAAGGGAAUAACCUGUUUGGUGGUCGACAAAAGGUAUACAAGAUCACCACCAAGUCCACUUCCUCAAUUUCGGGUCCAGACGCCAGCCGCUCCCCGAUGGGGGGCCGUGCCCUCUACGAACAUGACGUCAAUCUUUCUCUCUUCCAACGCCAGAGGCUCAAGGAAAAAGAGGCCGAGGAAGCCCAGCUGGAGACCCCGAGUCCCGAGUCCGAAGAUGCAUUCUCGAGUGUCUCUUCCGCCGAGCGGACCACCUUCUCGUCCACGGGCUCUGGGCCCACCGCUACAUCCCCACCCGCAACAACAACAACAACAACAACAACAACCCCUUCAUUCCAGCAAUCCUCUCACGGGCCCCUGGAGUCUUCGGCUCCGUUUUCCAAACUACCAAUCCCAGGCAUGGCCCCUGAGCGGGGUUCCGUCAAAUCUCGCCGUCUCUACGGUCAAGGCUUGGCGCAGUCCGUGCAGCACCAACAAGCUUCGACUUUGUACCGAUUGGAGAGCCUGAGCCGCCAACGUGCGGGAGGAACCCCUGAGAUGCCUGCUCUGAACCGCGCCUACUCACGAAGCGCCACAAAUUUGCGCGAUCGGUUACAGAAACUCGCCAUCUCGGAACCUUCUCCCCCUUCUCCGACGUCGCCCAAACAACCCGUGAUGGAGUCGGGAUCUAAACCCCCCCCUGCGAGUGAAAAUGAAGAUGGGGCGACCUUGAUGGCCGCUCUGCAGCCCGAGGACCACGGGAAAGCGACGGCGCUGGGUCUGUUCAAUAAGCCGCAAACGGCCUACGAUGAGACCCAGUUUUCCCACCGUCAGUUACAGAUGUAUCAGGGACGAAACACGCCCCCGCUCCAACAGCGUCCUCCUUCGGGACGCGCGACCCCACAAGACCUUCGGGGACGACCCCGGGGACUCUCGAAUACCAGCUAUUUAUCUCGACCAGGAUCCACCGCAUCGUCUCAUUACAGCGAGACCCAUCCGGCCAGCGUCGCGGCCUCCCCGGCCCGGCCUGGACAUGUCGUGACGACCUUUUUCGAUAAUUCCAGCCCCAGCGAAACCGACGAUGAAGGAUAUGGGCCUGAUUCGCGAGACACCGAAUAUUCUAUUGAUCUCAAACACCCUGCCCUUCGCUCGGCGACCCCAUCGACCCCCUCGACCCCGGUAGCCGAACAGAACAGUCCUCUCCCAGAGGUCAGGUACUCGGACCUGGCCAGCGAGACCCCCCCGGCGCAGAGGAGCCAUGGGCCGGAAACCCCCGAUUCCCCCACAUUAGGCCCAUCUGGCCUCGGCCUGGGUGGGCUGGUGCGCCAUCUUCGGAAUGAUAGUGACAGAUCGUCGAUUUUCCCACCACCCUCCCCUGCGUUCCCACCAAAGCCCGCAGAGAACGACCCGUCUCGCAACGCCGAUCCCGAGUCCGCCCCUCAGUCCCCCACCGCAACCCCGUCCUCCCGGCACCCGGCAUUGCGCGAUCAACCACCGUCGUCUCGACACCGACGGGAGGGUAGCACGGAGACUCAGAAAGAACGCGAAGAAUUUGCGAUUGAACUGGCAGAACGACGGCGGAGGGUGCAGGAAAAGCUUCGGGAUUUCGCCGAGAGCGAGAGUCGCGCCGCAAGCCCCGUGUUCGGUCGUCAAACUCCGGACUUGGUGAGCCAGCCUCGAGCUGGCAACGCAUUCGCUCUGCUGAAGAGCAAGUCCAGCAAACAUCACCUCUUCAACCGCCCAGAACCUAGGGGCGGGGUCAAGGGUUUGCCCUACGGGAAUGCCUCCACUCCUGCCUUGGUUUCGGAGGACUCCUGGCGCGACGAGGAGGGAAAAAGGCCGGCUCCUUUCGCCCGACAUGCGAACUCAAGCUCGCCUCAUAUCGCCGCAGAACGGUCUAUGCGGUCCAAAAUUGCGGUUUUUGGACGCAGCAGCCAGGACGAAUCUCCUGAGUCGAGCCGUAGCCGUGGCGUAUCCCCCCAUUCAAGUUUCCAUUCGCGGCGGGACCGGUCCAGCUCAGACGCCUCUGGUCGCUCCAAAAGCCGCUCUUGCCGCGAGCGAGACGACCUGGGAAUCCUGAAGGAAGAUGCUGCGGGCGCUCAUGCCAGCGUCGCGGCGGCGACGACGACGACGACGACGACGACCACCACCACCACCACCACGGACUAUGAACCGCGUGGAAUGGCGUCCGCUGCAUCAUCCGCCCGGCCUUCCGUCGAGGGCCAUGAACGGCCGCCCUUCGAUCGAUCUUCGUCGGCCGCCUCCGGUAGAUAUCGUCUGGAAGGUCGAUCGUCGGCGACUCCAAGUUUCCAUGACCGACCAUUCCAUGCUGCUCCCCCAGUCGCCAACUCCCCGCUGAUCGGAGCCGCCGCCCCGCGACCAUCUCCGGCGGCGCCCCCUUACUCUGCCAACGCGACGCCUCCCCUGCAUGAUCUUGCGGCCGACCCUUCGGCCACCCCGCCAUCCACGUCUCCAAGCAACCACCCUCAAGCCAUUCCCCCGCGUGCGCCGGGCCACAAUGGUCUUCACAAGCGGAUUAUAAACAAAACCCAGAUCUCCGAACCUACCUUCAUCUCCUGUACCUCCAACGUGCCGACUGUUGGCCUUCCGCCCGGAGCGAGCCUGAGCAAUGGCAUGGAGACCCCGCCGCUGCCCCCCAUGAACCCGCGACGCCGACGCCAAACCACCACGCAGACGAUCCUGGGUGCGCUCAAGGGCGAUCGGUACGAAUCGCACUCCAUGCCUCCCUCCGAGCCCGACCCGGGCCCCGAGUACAGCACCUUCUCGGACGAGGGAGACAAGCGUAGCCGGGCGCGACAACGACUACGCAAGACAUCCAGCGAGGGCGGGGACUUGAAUCUCAAAGCUCGCCAGCAUUUUAUGGCGAGCCCACCUCCUCCUACGCCCCCAGCUUACCCACCCCAAGUUCCCAUGGACGGAGGAAUGUUUUAA